AUAAUAUGUUAACCAGUCUGUAACCGGAAAUAGCAUGGAUGUCAGAUAGCAGAUUUGUUUACAUGUACAAAUAAUUUACUUUUAAUAUGCUUCUGACCGUUAAUAGUGGCUAUAAACUUACCGUAGAUGAUUAUCGGGACCAGGGAGCUAAAAUUACAAUGACCAAAAAGAAAGGGUUAAAGCAGAUUGUUUGCAUUUUAGUUAUUUUGGUCUCCUAUUUUGCAACAUUUGUAAAAUUGAAAGCAACAGAUAUUUCUAAAAUCCAGUUUUAUGUUGGCAUUAUCAUGACGAUUGCAGCUUUACUAUACAUUAUUUACCAGUUGAGAAGAGUAUAUUCAGAAUCUCUACUGAUAAUAGCAUCUAUUGGUGUCACUGUCCAACAGUCAUGUCUACUUGGGACAAGCUCAACAUUUUAUGAACUUCGUCAAAUUCAAGAUAUUGUUAUAAUAGAAGCUGUUACCAUGAGUAAUAUUAUAUUCCAACUUGUGAUUUUACCAAAACAGAAUGAUCAUACAUGUUUAAUACCAGAAGCAGAUAAUACAACUAAUUCAAAACAACGAUUACAUCCACUAUUCCAGUGUUUUAGACCAAAGUUGAAAGAUUUACAGACCAUAUACAGACAUACACAAGAAAAAUUGAUCCUGCCAAGUCAUGUACACAGCUUAGAUAACAGAUAAGAAAAUCAAAAAAAUAUUAAUCAAAAUGUAUACCUUUAUGUUGUUUUUUGUGAUAUUUCAUUUUUAUAUAUUUUUACAAGGUAUCUCAACAGAAACAACAUUAUUAUGUGUUAAAAUACAAUAUUUAUUAUAUAUAUUUUAAAAUACCAUAUUUAUUACAUUGUAUAUGUAUAUUUUUUUCUAUACCUCAUAUGAUUUGUUUUAGUUACCUCCUUUGCUCAGACAGUUUAGGGAACCCAUUAACAAUUGAUUAAAUUAACAAUUUAACAUCCAAAGCAUUUACAAAGGAUAAGAUUUUUAUUUUAAUGUAAUUACUAUGAAAUUAGAAUAACUACAUGUAGUUAUACUCCUGUUUUCAAUCCAAAAUCAAAAUAUAUUUUUAGAAGUUAGUUUUGCAGUUCAAAACUACCCUGCAUACUAGACAUGUUUCAAUGUUUUAAAAGAUAUUCUGAUAUUUUGUUGCAGGUUAAAGUUGCAUUUUUGUAGAAUAUAGCAUUUUUUAUUUUAUUGCUCAAAUUGAUAGAAGUGUAGUUUUCGAGUAAAUGUACAAGAUUUGCUUCUGUGAUUUUUUGGUUCUUUAAACAUUAUUGUGAAACAAAUUUUUCAACUUUUGACACUUCCUGGAACUAACCAAUACUGGUUAUAAAUUUAAAGUUUUGGUAUUUUCCAGAAGAGCUCAAACCUACAAUCCCAGGUUUAGAAGGGAGACAUUUUAACAAUAAGGUCACAUUCAUUUUAUUAUGUGAACUAACUUGUUAAAAGAUGCUUUUAUUAUUAAUUUGAUGUAAAGAUUCUCCAAAUUGGUAUCAUUAUUUCUUGCUUUUGUUUAUGAUGGCAUUUUAAAUUACAAUGUAAUAUCAUGUAGAGACUGGCAACUUUUAAGAUUUUUUACCAAUUUGUAGAAACAAUAUAUAUAUAUAACAAUAUCACUUUCAGACAACUUACGUCUUUUCUGCAUAAGUUUCUGGAGAUAAAUGUAUAUUACAAAUAUAUUGCAAGACUAUGUUUUCUAAAAUUCGCACGGUGCUUUUGUUAUGUGAACUGUUUUAGCAACCAGUGUAAGAUUGUUGUAACAUAUUACUAACUCUUUGAAAAAUCUCUUGUUAGCAAAAUAUUGAAUCUCAGGCACAGAAUCUUGACAUACUCCAAAUAACCAAAUAUUAAAUAAGCCAGUUUCUGCAAUUCUAAUGCAAAUGGAGAAUUCUUGCUGCAGUCUUGCCAUCUAGUCAUCAUGUUCAGAUAGGUGCUGUAAUAAGUGCUUUUUCACAAUCUUCAAAAUCGCUGCCAAUAUUCUGAUAUGUUCUGUGUUUUUGCCUCACACUUUUAGAAUUGGUCGAUUCAGAAUAGUUAAAGAUUUAAUAUGCCAGUUUUAACUUGUCUGUUUUUCAUGAUA